UUGUGCUGUGGCCCGGAGACUUGUGUGCAGGCGGAGGAGCGCGAGUUGCUAACAACUAGCCGGAGACACACCAUUGAACGUGGCCAUGCUGCACACGGUAGGCUUUAUUUCUUAAAACGAGGCCGAGUGCAAUAGUUGUUUGCUGCUACAAGGGACACUUUAUGGAGUAAAAAAAAAAACAAAAAAAAAACAUCCGCUCGGCGAAUAGUGGAAUCUGUGCCGUGCAUUAGCUGGCCUAACCGGACUUGAGCGCUGGUCUCCCGACAUAAGAAUGGGGUAGUGGUCCGCUUGGAUUAGCUUGCAAGUCAAGUGACCUUUGAUUCCUUUUUCGAAUGGCAAAUUUCACGAAUUACUCGGAAGGCAAGGCAGCGAAGUUGAAGCUGGAGACGCAGCAGAGGAACGUGGGCUCCAAAUCUACCGAUGCAACCGUAGACGCCUCGGUCAGGGAACCCCCUUCCCCGUUAAUUAACAGCAGCAGCAGCGGAGGCGGUGGCGGUCGUUCCCAUCAGUUGCCGCCCUCCUACCAACACCACCUUGAGUCGUAUCACUACGAGCUGGCGUCGCAUCAUCAUCAUCUCUCCGCGGACGUCGCCGAAACCCCGGGCAGAAAAUCGUUGUCCCCGGUGGAGCACGGCGCCACUGCCACCACCAGCAGCACCACCACCAGCGGCGGCCUUGGGUACGAGGCUGGCGGCGUGUCAAACCCGCCGGACGCAGUGGACGACAUUCGAAAGUGUGGCUACCUGCGCAAGCAAAAGCACGGACAUAAGCGCUUCUUCGUGCUGCGCGCCUCCAGCCACCUGGGGCCCAGCCGGUUGGAGUACUACGACAAUGAGAAGAAAUUCCGGAGCAGCUUGCGCGGGGGAGCCGGACCGGCGGGCCCUUCCUCACCUAAGAGGGUGAUUUACCUCUACCAGUGCUUCACUGUCAACAAGAGAGCAGACUCUAAAAACAAACACCUCAUUGCUCUUUACACCAAGGAUGAGUACUUUGCUAUUGUGGCGGAGAACGAGCAGGACCAGGAGGACUGGUACGUGGCCAUCAGCGAGUUGAUGAGCGAGGGCAGGAAGGGGCAUUUGAUUACGGACGAUUUGGAUGAUGGCUAUGGUACGGUCACCCCCGGCACUGUUUUCAAGGAGGUGUGGCAUGUGAAUGUCAAACCCAAAGGACUCGGUCAAACUAAAAACCUCACGGGCUUGUAUCGCUUAUGCCUUUCGUCCAAAACCCUUCACCUGAUCAAGUUGAACUCUGAGACCCCCUGCGUGAACCAGCACCUGAUGAACAUCAGGCGCUGCGGAAACUCUGAAAGCUUCUUUUUCAUCGAGGUGGGUCGCUUCUCCUCCAUCGGGCCGGGGGAAAUAUGGAUGCAGGUGGACGACUCUGUCGUGGCCCAGAAAAUGCACGAGACGCUUCUGAACACCAUGAAGACCCUGAAGGCCUACGUGGAGAUCAGGCCUCGGAGUAAGAGCCAGUCAUCGGGCUCCAACCCCAUGCCGUUUGUCACCACGCACCGGCACCUUAGCAACCUGCCGCCGAGCCAGACGGGCUUGCCUCGACGUUCCAGGAUGGAGUCGGUGGUGGGAACGCCGCCGUCUAGCAAGAGCUCCGGCGCUAGCGGUUACCGCUUCCGCACAUCCAGCGAAGGGGAGGGGACCAUGAACCGACUGUUUCGUUCCACGACAGGAAGCCUGGUCCACCUUAACUCGGGGCGUCUUCAUCUUGGCCGCGCUGAGGCGGACCUAGGUGGUAGCGCCGGCGCGGUGCUGGGAAAUGCCGGCACGAGCGCCGGGGCCGGGCGCCACGUGCGGGCCGUCCUCGGGUCAUCGGCCUCUACUUACCACGCCCGCUCCGCCUCCCUUCCGGUCUCCCACCCUUUCACCACAAGCCCGGUCAGCGUCUCCUCCAGCAGCGGCCACGGUUCUGUCUCAGACACCCUCACGCGGCCAUCCAGCGCAUCAAUAUGCGGCUCUCCGUCCGACGGCGGCUUCAACUCGUCUGACGAGUACGGAUCCAGCCCCGGGGACUUCAGGUACUUCCGGGUGCGCAGCAACACCCCCGAUUCCCUGGGCAACACCCCGCCGAUCCGAGAGGAGAACUGCUUGAGUGACUACAUGGCAGUGGGCUGGAACCGGGAGGUGUUUGGCACCAGCGCCGGCUCCGGGAACAGCAGCGGCGCCAACACACCGCGAGACGAGAGCACGUCGACGACAGAGGACGAGCGCUUUUUUUCUCAAAGGAGGAGGAGAAGCGCUGGGCCCGGCGUAGCCGUUUAUCAAAAAAUGACUCAAACCAAUUUUUCUUUAGAAGAAUCGGCCGACGCGUCAGACAGCUCCUGUUCCGAGCGCAGCCAGCAGAGCCGGCCCUCGACGUCGCAGCCGCCGCCCUCCGCCAAGGAAGAUAGCGGCUACGUGCCCAUGCAGUGCGGCGUGGCUCCGUCGCCGAGGGACACGCCUCCCGACUACAUGCCCAUGCAUCCUGGUUCUCACCCCGUUUCCCAACCGCGUCAGUUUCAGAGUCCAAAUGUGGGUCCCCGCUCGGCAAAGCCCCAGUCGCAAUCCUCCACCGACGCUCACGGCUACAUGAUGAUGCUCCCGGGAUGCAGGGGCAGCUCUCCCUCCCCGGUGCAGGCCUCCCUCAGCCCCCCCCACAGCGGCGCAAGCACCAGUGACAGCAUAGCAGAGAGACCCGCCAACGCGGCGGCGUACAUGGACAUGUCCUGCGGCGGCACUAUGGGGCAGAGGCUGGAUGGCAGCAGCGGGUCCUAUGGCGCCGAACUCUGGAGGUCUUUCAGCCCUUAUUUCUCCCUCCCUCGCUCCUACAAGGCCCCCACCAGAAAGAGCGACGAGAAGGAGUGCGACGACUAUGUUCGGAUGGCCUGCCGCGGCAAGCCAGUCCACUCCUCGGUCGGCGCGACUCCCUCAUCCGCACCCGAGAAGAGGGCUGGCGGCGGCGGUUGCCCCUCCACACCCUCACACCCACCCCCGCCUUACGAAGCUCACCACACCACGGCCGCCGUGGCUGACGGGCAUGUCAUGAGACCCAACCGCCUGCCUUUAGGCAGGAGGAGUUCCCACGGUCCGCUGCGAGUCAGCGAGGCCUCCGCCUCAUCCGCAGUUACCUCCACCUCGGUCCCCACGGCCGGGAUCGCGACCAAUAGGCCUCCGAGUCCUGGGGAGUAUAUCAACAUCGACUUUGGUGAUCAUUACCCCCGCCAACAGCAGCCUCCUGCCUACCCUUUUCCCACCAAGGAUGAAGCCCCCACCCAGGCCUCCAGCGACCGACGACGAACCCCCCCCUUACCCCAAACCAGUCAGGACUACAUGAGUAUGGAAGUGGGUCACGACCAUCAGGACAGCGAUGGCUGUCUAGGUAAGAGCCAGUCACCUAGACCCAGCCUGGUGGCCCCCUGGAACCCUCCCAGCUAUAUCCGACCCUUGGCUAGUAAUUCCGGUGCUUUGGCCUCCCCCGGGGUUCAUGCCGGAGGUCACUGGAGGUCAGCGGGCGAUGACUACGCUAAAAUGACGUACAGCAAGAAGGGUGAAAGGACUCAAACGAGCCCUACAGACAUGCUGCAGCAUCUCUGUGUGAUGGAGGGAUGCUACAGUCAUGGUGGCUCCUCCUCCGCCUCCCCCAUACCCCCCACCUUGCCCCCAAGGAGCCCAGCAAGGAGCCCAGCAAGGAGCCCAGCAAGGAGCCCAGCAAGGAGCCCAGCAAGGACACCGGCGCACCCCCCGGAACCAAAGGUCGUCCGGGCCGACCCUCAAGGCAGGAGGAGGCACAGCUCGGAAACCUUCUCCUCCACCUCCUCCUCCACUUCAACGCCUUCAUCCUCGGCAAGCCACCCGAUGCCGACGGACUCUGCGACCUCAUAUGGGUCACACGCAUCCGAAGGCCACGCCUCCGGAUGCGCAGGCCUGCCAUCCUUCGACAGCGUGUGGAUGUCGGUGGAAAGUCGCCAAGACCCGGACCAGCUUUUCUCAUCAGGCCCGGCCACAGCAACCGGCACCUCGGCGUCCUCUCCCACCUCGACCGGCGGAAUGUACGCAAGCGACGUGUCUGUGGGAUACCAAAAUGGCCUCAAUUACAUCGCCCUGGAGGUGAGAGAUGACGGGGGCCGUACGGACGCGUCCGCGGAUGUCAACGAGAUCGCCGCAGUGCCAGAGAACGGCGCCAGCGCUGGUCCCGAAAUCAAAUCCGAAGGCGUCUCCACGACGACCAAGGACUGAGCUGGAGUGGCACAGGAGAAGGUGCCCCCCCCCCCCCCCCCCCCAAAAAAAAAAAAAACUGGACUGAGAUGUUCUGGAUGCAGAAGACACAGACGAGAUGACAGAGAAAGGCUUGCAUAUUUUUCAUUCAUAUGAACUGUCUCACGUUUUAUUUUUCUUGUUUUAUAUGCAAAUCGUCACUGUCUUUUGUUUUUUUAAACUCGCGUCUCUGGUCAAGCGCCAGUGUUUGCUGCCCUCUCGCGUCGCGGUGAGCAGGCGGUUCAACUUCCUCAUAUGGUGUUCAAAAGGGAGGCAGUCUUGAUACAAUCUUGAUUUUUAUGCUUUCAUUUUUUUUUUUUUUUUUUUUAACCCAUCCAGCCUCACCUCGCUAUGGUACCGUACAGUUAUUACGUUGUGGAGAGCGUUGUUGUAGAGAAUGUGUAUAUAUACAGUAUAAUCUAUUUUUUUGGGAUGCGCUUGUUCACUUGACCUAGAAUGGCUUCCUGCUCCCUAACAGGAAGUAAAAUUUCCUUUUGGUACACUUGCACAUAUUUAUUUGACGUUCAAAUAGUUCCGGUACAUUUUUUUUUUUUUAGCUCCUCGGCUAGCCGAGAAAUUAGCGUGUGAUCAUGAAAUGACUGAGAGGUUGAUGUUCUCUUUUUUUUCAACAUUUUCCAUUUUACCUCACGUGUUGCACGGUACAAAGUCUCACAUGGGAUGCACACACACUAUUCACACUACCCAGGGUAGACCCCCUAAGUGCCCCCCACCCCCCACCUCACGGAUGAUUAGGAUCCUUCCCAGCAGCGCGUGACGCACAACCACAUGCCACAUGCUUCCGGGUGACGUGAAAAAGUUUUCAGUUAGCCGAGCUGCGGCUGCACGUGGACAUAGUUUGCCCCUUUAGACACAGACACACACACACACACACACACACACACACACACACGGGCAUCAAACGCAGUGUUAGCCGAAGCCCCGCCCCCUUUUGGUGCGCUCCCGCAUCCGUAUGUAGCGUCUCCUGCCGCUUUCCUACAGCGGAGAUGUGAGCUUAAAUGCAACACCGAUCGACUGAUUAUUUUGGUUCACCAUUCUCCGAGGUACUCGUGUUUUUCGUGCGCACGUGAAGGGACACGCCAGGCCGUCUUUGCGUUGUUUUUCCCGCCUAUGUCGGCGGUGUCCAAACUGCGGUACGGGGGCCACUUGCGGCCCGUCAGCCAUUUUCUAGCGGCGCUUAGAAUAUAUGGGAAAAAAUGACUUUCAUAAAAAUCCCAAACUGUUUUGCCGCUAAAAUAAAAGCAAAAUAGCUCUAUUGGUCACCAAGUUCCACAUGAGUAGCCUCCAUUCUAAAAAUAGCUGACUGAAGUGAUCAUUUGAAAAUGUAACCACCGGCUGAGAUUUGUAGAACUCAAGUGUUGCUUUUUGAUAUUUAUUCAUCCGUUGCGUAAUUUCUGUGCGAAAUCGUCUUAACAAAAACGAAUGCCAUUACUUUUUUUACAACAGUAUUAUUUAAAUAAUCGAUAUUUUCAGAAGUGCUCAUCCUUCACAUAGCUCUCGGUUUCAAAGUGGUCCGUGACCCCUCCUGUGAUACAAAAUUGGUUUUAGGGUUUUUCCAGAAAGUCGGACUAAGCAAAAGGUUUGGACACCCCCGGCCUAUGUGGAUCCGUCUCAAAAUCCGGCCGGUCAGAACGGUCCCGAAGGUCCGUGUACUUGCUGCGCUAUUGUGACAUGGUCCUUUUUUAUAAUACAAAGCAAAAGUGCUAUUUCUCCUUUUCAAUUUAAUAGCCAACCUUAUUUAUUUUUAAUUUAAGCAGUUUAUCACAUUACAGUAUUUCAGACUGGGCCAGCUCAGAUCGGACUGAUCAGCGUGUCCUCCUAGUCUGACAUGGCUGCAAAGAAUCAUGCUAGGACUCGUUUGAUUUUGUAGACUUGACUGCAUCCUUAUGCAAGCGAUGCGUUUCCCCGCUUUUCCCCCCUCGUUUGUAUUUUAGUUGACGCCAAAAAAGCGGGGAGGUAUCCAAGCAACCUGCACACAAAGCGAUGCCCGGUUUAUUUUUUUGUGGCAUUUUGCUUUUUUUUUUUUGUAUUAAGAAAUUUGGUUAUUUUUUGUAACUCUAUUCCAGUUAAUUUGCUGCUGUGUAGUACAGUUGAUUGAUUAGUGGUCCUCCGUUUGGAGGCGCGCCUCCUGCUACUUGUGUUCUUUUCCCACUUGAAUGCUGUUUGUUCAUAUUAGCCUUACAGAAAAGAGUAAAGUAGUGGGGAGACGCUUCUCCUUCGUACCUCCUCCAUUUGGGAAAAAUCAACCUCACAGUUUCUCCUACAAAUAAGGAGAAGUUGUGGCUUUUUUUUUCACGCCGCCGUACGUGAUGUUUAUAUUGUUCCAACUUUUGCUUUCCAUAGAGCUAUUGCAAUAAAAAUGUUCAUGUUGCG